UCAUUCUUUCUAUCAUCAACCAACAACAAGCAAUCCAAUAAAUACUAUUUAUUCAUUUUCAGAAGCUUUAGAAAGAAUUCAAAAUUUUAAUUCAGACAAACAAAAUGGCUUUGGUGAGAAGUCUAUUGGGUGCAAAGAAGAUUUUAAGCCGCUCCACCAGAGCAACCUCGGCGGCACCGAAAGGGUUUCUUGCAGUGUACGUUGGAGAGAGCCAGAAGAAGAGAUAUUUGGUGCCAAUUUCAUACUUGAACCAGCCUACUUUCCAAGCCCUACUUAGUAAAUCGGAGGAAGAGUUUGGAUUCGAUCAUCCGAUGGGUGGCUUAACGAUUCCCUGUCCGGAAGAUACCUUCAUCAAUGUGACUUCUCGGCUCCAAUGAUGAUGACCCUAUAUUUUUUGUUCUUCCUAGUUUAGAAAUAGGGAUUAUUCAUUGUAAAUAGCUGAGCAUUUUUGCUCUUUCUUUUUGAAAGAAUUGUUAUAAAUGUUAAUUUUUUUUUUUA